AAACCUUUAUUCAAACCAAUGAAAAGAGAAACCAUUUUUCAUGUUUACCAUUGAGUGAAAUGUGUGAUAUUAAUGAUAAAUGAUUUAAACAGCCCAGUUGAAUGUUAAAAUGUGAUGAUAAUAUUUUGAUAUCAUUACUUGAAAGCUACUCGGAAGAAGCCAAUAAAUGAAAUGAAACCUUUAAAAUCUAACCUUUGAAUAUCUAAAGGUAACAACCUAAUGAUAAGGCGAUGAUUGAUUGAAAAAAAGAAGGUGAAAAAAUGAAAAAAUAAAGUAAAUAAAAGUGAACGUUUUCCAAUCAAACAAAUUAUUUGCUUUGUUUCAAAUUCAAUCGAGAUUCAAUGCAAUAUCAAUGAAGUUAUUUGCUUUUUGCAAAUUUCGUUGUCUCGUCAAGUUGAACUGAUCAGUAUCAUAACAAAAUAUCACAGAAUCAGGUUCACGAGUUUCCAACUUUUCCUCUUCACUUUUUGUGCUUCAAUAGACUCAAUUGGAAAGUAUGGAUGAAAAUUGAAAGAAAAAAGUUGAACGGCAAAAGAACUCACUUUUUAUAGUUUAUUGUAGAUAUAAUUUUGUUGAAAAGGAUGAAAAUGUUGGAAGAUGUUCUUGUCCAUCAUCAUCAUUUUUGCCUUUACAGUGUAAAAAUUUGAUGGCGAAUUAUAAAAAAAAGGAAAAUGAAGAAAGUCCAUUUUUACGUUCAAUAAGAAAAGGAUGGAAAGUUAAUCGAAAAAUCGAUCAAGAAAAGAAUGAAGAUGAUUGACCAAGAAUAAGAUGAAAAUAUGAGGAACAAGAAUAUUGAUAGUGAUGGUGAUGACUGUUUGAAUCAUUAUUUCAUGAUGAAAAAUUUGAACCAACAAUCCAAUUGGUGACAUAUUCAACCUUCAAGAGGACAAGAGUUGGAAAAAAUUUUUUCUCUUUUCCUUUUCAUCUUUAGCAAAAAGAUGAUGAAAGAAGAUGAAAGAUGGUGAAAAGAAUCGACAUCAUUUUGAUCCUUGAUGGACUCUUUUUUUCUCAGCCUUUUCUUUCCCUUUUAUCUUGCUAUUUAUUGUUAGCCUUUGCUAUCGUUUUGCCUCAUCUUGUCCCAUAUCAGAUGCUAGGUAAAUCUAGCGAAUCAUUGUCAUCAGCCUUUUCCCUUUUAUUCAACAUCAUUUGGGAAGAUGAUGAGAAAAGGUUGAAUGAUGAUCAAGUGAGGAAAAUUCACGAACAUGAAUAACAUGUAAUGUUGAAGUUGAAAGUUUUGUCAUUUCAACUGAAACUCUGGUGAUAAUGGUUUUGAUGAAAGCAAGGAAAGUAAUAGGAUCAAGAGUAUUUAUUUGUAUGCAAGAUGUAAAGAUUAAAAUGAAUUGGUGGAUAAAAGGAAAUAAAAAAAAGUGAAACUCAGAUGGUGAGAAGAGGUUUUAAAGGUUCUCUGUUUUUUCUGUUAGUCUCUCAUUAUGGUGAUGAUGAUGAUGAUGGUAAUAAAGUGAGUGUUUAAGGGAAUCAUUGAGGUAAAUUUAGCGAUUUUUUACUCAAAUCUUUUCAUAUUUUAUACCCAUAUUGAGAGUCACCUAAUUUUGCUGAAAAAUUAAUGCACACAAAGUGGAGAUAAAAUUAUUUUAUCAUUUUAUUCUUGGCAUCAUUGUGUUAUUUUUACAUUAUUAUUGUGACAAUACGUUGAUAACCUUCAUGACUAGAGUUGACUUGGUUUAAUCUCUCAAAAUGGCAUAAAAGACUUUUACCUUUUUUCACUUUGCUUAUCUGAUUUUACUACCUGAAUGCGUAAUUCAAGUUUCAGUGCUUUAUUUUGCAUUAUAAUUGUGAUUAUUAGUUGAAAACAACUGGGACGGUAAAAAGUAAAACCUUUGAUUUGUUUUCAAUAAACUUUUAACCAUCUUAAGGGUUAAUAAAGUUUAAACCAUUAAUUUGGUUGAAUCAGAGUUCAACUUGAAUCAUUGGGUUAUUUUAAUAAAUAAAUUGGGUUUAGUUAAAUUAAGCCCACAAGGUAAUCACGGGCAAUCAUUUUGAUCACAUGAAAUACAAAAACAUUUUCAUUUCUCACAGAAUCGAUGUGUCAUAUAUUAGAAAAGAGUUUCAUGAAUGACAUCAUUUUUUUCAGUCGAACAAAAAGAUUCCAUCCAAGUUCUGUUGAAGAUUCAUAUUCCAUGUCUAGAUUCGAUUAACGCAUUAACACACUAAAUUCAAUUUUACCUUUUACUAUCGUCCAUAUCAACAUCAACAAAAACUCAGCUCAUGACGAUGAGCCCAAAUCAUCGCUUUGAUGGCGCUGUCUUUUGCAAUCUCGAUGUAAUCCAUGGUAAUACAAUUAUAGAUUGACUAAUGAAUUCAUCAAACUUAUUCAAUAUUAAUGUUCGUGUAAGAAAUCUAAAAAUAUGAUCUCAGCAGGAAUCGAUUGAAUAUUGAAUUUUAUCAAUUUUAAUAUUUUAAUCGUUUCUUUCAUCUUGCAUUGAAAGCUCAACACUUGAAGUUGAAUCAUUUUUAAAGCUUUUUUGUCUCAUUGGACUAGACAACCAAUAAUGAAAAAUUGUUCAACGUUUUUCAAGACAAGAUUAUCUACAAAAAAUAAUUAUAAAUAAAAAGUAUAGACUUGAUUGCUCUAAUGAUGUCAACAAUAUACUAAUAAUGUAACAACUCUAAUGAUCAAUUGAAUUUUGAUCGAGUUUCCCCUCAACUUAUUGAAUCUUUGUAUUGACGAUGAUUUAUUUAAUUGGCAAAAAAUUAAUGGCUUCUCAACGAAUCAAUAUCCUUGAGCAUAUUUCAUGUACUUUUUGUAGUCAUUGAUUGAUUCCAAGUGUAUAUACACUGAAAGGUAAACUUGAGGUGAGCAUUAAAGUCUAUUUACUUUUAUGCAUUGAGUGUCUUUCAGGUUGAUAGAGUUGAUAUCAAAUUGAUUUCACUGUUCAUUUCAUCUAUAAAUGAUUCUUUAACCAGUUUUUAGAUUCAAAUGGAAUCCCAUGAAAAGUUGAAAUAUUUCUCAGCAUUUCGAGAAAAGUUACACCGAGCAAUAACAAUCGUUUUAGGUUUACCUUAUCACAAGAGUUUACAUCACGACUACUGUCAAGCCAUCAAUCGCUUUGAACAACUAACGAUGAUACUCGGCUCAUGCAAGUAUGGAUUCAAUUCAGGCAACAAAUUGUACCGUUUAAAGGUCGACACUCAAUUCCAUUACAUGCACUGCAUUAUUCGAAUUUCAUUGUUCGCUCUGGCCAUUCGCCUCAUUCUGUGCCUCUUCUCCACCAACCGAAUGGUUCACGUUUUCCUUGCCGAUCCUUUCAUCGACUAUAAACCUUCUUGGCCUAUUUACUGUUUCUUGUUGUUUACCGUCAUUUCACUUUCACUUUUGAAAGAAGCUUAUCUACGAAUCGAAUCCCAAGGUGUACUGAAUCAACAUCUUGAUGUUUACAAUGAAAUACGAAGAAACAGAAUGUCCAUCGUAAAGUUGAUUAGUGAAAAUAGGGUCAAAAUAUUUUAUUCGGUGACAAUAUUUUGUGCCAACUUUUGGCAUCGACUUAUACUGCUUACAAUACCUACUGCUUGUUUCUUUAGUUUUGUCAUUUACCAUGAAUCGACUGAAUUGUAUCGCGAUAGUCAAUACCUUUGGUCGACACUUUUCUGGUUUCCUUCAACCUUGCUUUCCAUCAUUAGUUUGGUCACUUUUCUAAUGUCGAUUGGUGGCUAUCAGUUUAUCACGGUAAACUUGAUUCUUUUUAGACUUCGAUCCAUUGUUGUUCAAAUACAAACAGUCCGAGCUUCGGGUGCUCCAACAGCGGGAAUCACUUGGGAAGGAUUCAACGAUGAUACCUUUGUCUAUAAGCAAAUCAUUGCCUAUCUCAAUAAACUCGACUAUUUAUCUAAAGGCUAUAAAUCUCUGAUAUUUGGAAUCAUCCUUUUACCCGCUUCGAUAAGCAACUUUUCAGUUUUUGCUGGUAUCGUUGUACGGUCUCAGUCUGAACUUUUGUCCAGUUUUUUGCUCGCUUUCGGUCUAUCUACAUUCAUUGGAUUAACUUUGGUAAUCUACUUUUGCGCUGAUAUUAUGAAUCAGUUGAGAAAGAUUCACGAUCAACUCCAUCUACUAAAUAGAGGAAUUAAAUUGAGAGUUUCUUCGCAUUUCAAGAUUAAUGAGAUAAUCGCACGUCUUCAAGGACCAACUAAUGGAAUUAAAAUUGGUGACUUGGCAACCAUGACGGAACGUUUUGCUGUAAUAGUAAGAUUAUUGCUUGAUAAAACUGCUAGAGAAAUGUCUGUGUAUUCGGAAUACGAUAUGAAUCUUACCUUUAUUCUAGUUCAGAUGCAAAGUUUGACUCUACAAUAAAGUACUUUAAAGUCGAUUCGUUAAGAUCUUUUUGCACCUCAAUAGAGAGCCUCUAACCAGAAAUCAAUGUGCACGAUAAUUGAUUGUCUGAUUUUCAAUCGAAUAACGAUUCAUCAUUUUUUACGCUUAUCUUUUUUUCUUAUAGUUCAUGGCUGAGUUUGCUACCAGUUUAUUGCUACAAGUUUGUAACUUCCGACCCUUCACAAUAGAAAUAUACAAACAUGGAUUCAUUCCGAAAUGCUAAAAUAUUACAGCUUGAACCAGAACUUUUGAUAUUAACUAUAUGCAUUGUUGGUGUGAUGGGCCUUUUGUCCAAAUAAGCCAUACCAAUAGUUUUAAUUUUAUAAGUCAUGUAUUCGAUUAUAGCAAUGAAUAACAAAAGAUAAUUUUUAAAUUUUACAUUUAUCGAAAUUAUUAAAUUACUAUUCGAACAAUGCGUCAAAAAAUGUUUUUGGAUGUUCUAUCUGAUACGAAUGUUCAGAAAAUUUAGAAAGCGGUCCUUCGCUAUGUUCACAUAGGCUUUUAGCCCAACCAAUGACGAUGAACAACAACCAAAUAACCGACGUUUCUUCACUUUACGCACGUUCGCAGUCAUAACUCACGAACAGUUGAUGCUACAG